AUGUAAUUUUCAAAAACUAAUCCUAAUGAAUUUAUCUCAUCAGAUUAUGAUAGAACUAAUUAAAUUGAUGAUUACACACUCUUUAACAAUGUUUGUUACAAGUCUUCCCAAGCAUAAAUACCAACUGAAACAUAAAUCUAAAUUAAAAAUGUCAAUUUAUGUUAAUCCUAAGACUUAUGCUUAAAAACUACCAGAGAUAGUAUUCAAUUAGAAUUACAAAUUCAAUAGUAAUCGAUUAAUUGAAUUACAUCAUCAAGAUACUUAAGACUGUAAAGUGUGAAUCCGAAGUCCAAUAAAAGAUUUUCAAUAAUGCCAAUAAACAAUUUUUGAUACUCUUGAAAGGAUUGUAAAUUAUAGAUGAACUCUUAUCUAAUUGUAAAGAAUCAUCAACAAAGAUACUUUUAGAAUUAAAAUAAAGUAUCAUUUCCAUUUAUUUAGAUUAUGUUUAAGAGAGAUCAAUUAAAGCACUUAUAGCAGAUGA